ACUGGUUUUAUGUUAUCGUUGUGUUCAAAAUGUUCUUCAAACUACGAUACGUGUUAUAAAUGUGUAUUUAUUCUUUAUUAUAGGGUGACUUUUAAAUCUUCUGCAAAAUUUAUCAAUUGCGGAACUUUGUCUAUUUUAAUUCGUUCAAAUAUAUAAAACUAAUUAAUUGCUGAUAUGGACCGUGUAGAGUGUGGAUUAGAUAAAUUAAUAAAUCUUAGAAAACAUCCUAAGAAGCCUGGGUGUGGCAUCUUUUCAAUUGCUCCCAAAUACCUUAAGAGAACAUAUUCUUCAAAUUGUUUUAAGAAUGUCUGCAAGGGAUUAUACCAUUCUAAUCACUUUAUAUCUAAACAUCAAACACCGUGGAAAAGACUUAGGAAAAGAAAAUAUUCCAAGAAUGGUAACAUUUCCUUAAUACCUUUCUCUGUUGAUUGUAAUCAAACAUUCCCACGAAGAGGACGUUCUAUAAACGAAGAUUGUUCUUUCAAAAUAGUAUUAUCUUCAGAAAUGGUGGAUAGUAUUUCAGUAUUGCCAUCAACAGCAGAAGGUGUCAAAUUGAACUAUGACACGCUUACAUCUGAUGCACAUUCUCCGAGCAACAUCAAUGACUCCUCAGUACUGCUGACUCAUGAACUAAUACAGGCUUCCUGCAAGAAUGUAAAUCCAUAUAAGUCUGUUUUCAUAAUUGAUCCAGAAUUGACCAAAAUUUACAAUGUGAACAACAAUGCUUGUUCUUUGUUGAAUUACAAGCCCAAAGACUUUGACUUCAAGACACUGUUUCAUCUUAUGAAGAAAGUUCCUUCUAAUCCUGUGUCUGCAUUAGCUGAAGGAUAUUUUAAUAAAGAAACAGGUUCUAUGGUUCUACUUUCUGGCAAAGUAGUUGAUUUUAUAAAAUCCACCGGAACUAGUAUUUCAACUUCUUUGUGGAUUAGACAAUACAAUCAAGAUGGUCCUAGUUUUGCUUUUGUUGAACCUGUCCAAAAAGUUGUUGGAGAGAUAAUAGUAAACAAAUCAGGUAUUAUCUUAGCUGCUGAUGUGGACGCAUGCUUGAUAUUUCAAUGUGAGGUUGGUCAAUUAUUGGGUUUGGAUAUCAAACGUAUUAUACCAUCUAUUUUGCUUUCUGAACCGCAAGAUUUAGUUUCCAACAUAAGUUACUUUAAUAAGCAGAAGGUUACAGGCACUACGUUAGAUGGCUCUAUACUUCCAUUAAGUUUAUCUGUAAAAUAUUAUGAGAAAAAGUAUCAUAAAACAAAUGAAGAAGCUGAAAGAAAAUAUCUUAAAAUUGACAUUACAGUCUACAUAAAUUUAAGUGGUUUACUUAUCAUAAAUGAAGAAGGGAUAAUUGAAUGUGUUUGCCAUCACUUUGUCAUGUUUUUUUUUGGAUACUCACAAAACAAAAUUGUGGGACAAAAAAUCACAUUGCUAUUGCCUAAUUUUUGUGAAGACUUCGAUUGUACUGAAUUAAGUCACAAUAGAAAUUAUAGCAGGUCACCUAUGGGUAACUCUGAAGCGGAACUUGAUUCUUUCCAUUUCUAUUCAUUCAAAAAAGAUGAUAAAGCUGAAAGUGAUGAAAACUUAAUUCCAGAAACCUUAGAUACUGGUUUGACCGAGUGUUAUACUUUAAAAUCCAUUAGUCAUGAAGAUAACAAAAAUAAAGGUGAUAAAAAGGAAGAUAUCAUCAAUAAAUUAAAAGACGAUGACAAAAAAAAUAUGCAACUACCAUUAAAAAUGACCAAAUGUUCAGAAGAUUUACUAACGCCUAUUAAUGAAUCCAUAUCUAGGCUCAGUAGUGAUUUAGAAAACAACCUUAACAUCUCGAACAUCUCAGUAACACCUCAAAAGAAAGCCUUAGACUCCUCUAACAAAUCCUAUUUACAUUUGGAUAUCAUAAGUUAUGAAGAAGAUGAUGAGUUAGCUACGCCUAUCAAUGAAUCUGAGGAACAAGUACCUAAGAAAUUUGAUUCCAGUGGAGGUUUAAUAUCACUGAAUGAGUCUAAUUAUGAAAUUUCUAAGAUGCAUGAUAUAGAUUUCUUAACUCCAGCUAAUAGGCGUUAUAAAAACAUUUUACAAGAAGCUCAGAUUUCUACCUCAACUCCAUCAUAUAGAGAUAAAAAUGAAUCUGAAGUUUUUAAGGAAGGUAGAUAUAAAGGUACUGGAAGACAUUCAAAUGGAAAAUCAAUUGAUGUUUGCUAUGCUGUUUUAAAACAAUCUGUUCACCAGAAUCGAAAUGUGUAUUGCGUUUGGAUUUCCUUUGACCAUGCUAAUUGUAUCGCACAAGAUACCUGUACAAUAACAUCAAGCAACAAUAGUACAAUAGAACAUUCCUUGGGCCAGGCCAUUAAGCUAAAAGCUGCUAAAAAUAAGAGUUGUACAAAUUCAGUAUCCUUUGCUUCCCAAUGCGAGGAAGAACAGACGAGAGGCGAAUACAAUAAAAAUUACACAACUCUUUGCCAAAUUGGUAAAGGAGCCUUUGGUUGGGUUAGAAUGGCAUAUAGAAAUUCAGAUAAGCUUUUAGUAGUUUCGAAAUUUAUUUUGAAGGAUCGAGUAAAUGAUGAUUUUUGGAUAUGGGAUAAAACAAUGGGAAAAGAAGUACCUCUAGAAAUUAGCUUACUCCCUACUUUAUCUCAUCCUAACAUUGUUUCUGUUUAUGAUAUUUUUGAGAAUGAAUUAUAUUUUCAAUUAAUUAUGGAGAAACAUGGCUCUGGAAUGGACCUUUUUGAAUUUAUUGAUAGAGUACCAAAGUUAGACGAACCGUUGAUUAGUUAUAUUUAUCGGCAAAUUGUUUCAGCAGUGGAGUACUUGCAUUCUUUGCAUAUACUGCACAGGGAUAUCAAGGAUGAAAAUAUUAUUAUUAAUCACAAGUUUGAAGUGAAGCUAAUUGAUUUUGGAUCAGCUACAUUUUUUAAUGAAAAAUCUGAAUUUUGUACCUUUUAUGGAACAACUGAAUACUGUAGCCCGGAAGUGUUAGCAGGAAAUAAAUAUUCAGGACCUGAAUUAGAAAUGUGGUCGAUGGGUGUUACAUUGUAUGUCUUAACGUAUAGCAUCAAUCCUUUUGAAGAUGCAGAAGAAACUUUGAAUGGCAUACUAAAAUUACCACAUAAAGUCAGUGAAGGACUAGAACAAUUACUGACUUCCUUGUUGUGCAAAGACCCUUUGAAGAGAUGCACAUUAAAAGAAUUGCUUGCCUCUGAAUGGUUGCUGCAACCAGUUGAUAUAUCAAAAUAUGAUUUUACACAAGUAGUUCAAUGUGAUCCACGUGAAGCCAAUCCUGAUCAGUAUUACAAUGCUGGCACAAUGAGUGGGUUUAUCACACCUCAAGACCCAGUCCUCCUCUCUGACACAAAUACUGCACCAACUAGUCUUUCUCAUAAUGACUAUGCAAAACUGCAAGCUGAUUCGGGUGAAAAUACAGAGUAUUAUAAUGAUGAGUAUGAUGAAAGUUGGGAUGAAAUUAGUUUUUCAUGAAGACGUUCCGUGUGAAAACCUUGAUUGUUGAAUAGCGAGUUAGAAAAGUCUCUAAAUGAA